GGGGGCGAGAGGCAGGGACCCGUGCCCGCCGGGCACCCCGCCACCCUGCCCUGCCCGGUCGGCGACCUCGGCAGCCCCGCGGCCCGCGCUCCCCCACCGCUGCCCCUCUCUGCACGGGAUCGCUUUGCACCCGAGCGAGACCCGUUUCGUGUUUUUUUUCGCAUGCGGUGUCUGUGUGCCGGCGUAUAAAAGAUAACGACAUGUGUAAGGAUAGGCGAACAGCAUGUACAGCGGUGGCGAAUAACAAGAAUACAGAUGGGCGAAUAAUACGGAUACAGUUCGACGAAUAAUAUGGGCAGAGAUGGAAAAAAUAAUAUGGAUAUAUAUAGGCCAAUGGUGUGGAUACAGAUGCGCUAAUAAUACGGAGACAGGCAGAGCAAUAGCACGGUACAGGAAGGAGAAUAGGACGGGUAUAGAUGGGCAAAUAUUACGGAUUACAUGUAUACAGAUGGGAGAACAAUACGGAUACAGAUAGACGAAAAACCUGCAUGUAUCGACAGGCGAAAAUCUUGCAUACAGACCGGCGGAGAGGCGGCUCCGUCCCGCUCCCCCGGCGGUGGCUGUUUCUCCAGGAGGAACCCGUCCGUGGGUGCCGGAGGGACAGCAGCGGCGGGAGGCCGGGCGGGUUAAUCAUUACACCGCCGAGCCGCGUUAGGCGCAGCCUAACGUGCUGGGGACAAGCCCUUCCCCAGACGCUGGAGAGGAGCCUUCGGAGGCUGAGGCGCCCCCGUUUUCCUCCUUGUUGUUUUUUGUUUCCUCCCCUUACAGAGAAAGAUAAGAGCCAGCAGAGCAAGAACGAAGAUGCGGGGCCUGAGGACCCCUCCAAGAAGAAGAGGCAGCGGCGGCAGCGGACUCAUUUCACCAGCCAGCAGCUGCAGGAGCUGGAGGCCACUUUCCAGCGGAAUCGCUACCCGGACAUGUCCACCCGGGAGGAGAUCGCCGUCUGGACCAACCUCACCGAGGCCAGGGUUCGGGUUUGGUUCAAGAACCGCAGAGCCAAAUGGAGAAAGAGAGAAAGGAACCAGCAAGCCGAGCUUUGCAAAAACGGCUUCGGUCCACAGUUUAACGGCCUCAUGCAGCCCUACGAUGAUAUGUACCCCGGCUACUCCUACAACAACUGGGCAGCUAAGGGCCUGACCUCCGCUUCCCUCUCCACCAAAAGCUUUCCUUUCUUCAACUCCAUGAAUGUCAACCCUCUGUCUUCUCAGAGCAUGUUCUCCCCUCCAAACUCCAUCUCCUCCAUGAGUAUGUCUUCAAGCAUGGUACCUUCUGCAGUCACCGGGGUCCCUGGCUCCAGCCUCAACAGCCUGAAUAACUUGAACAACUUGAGCAAUCCCUCCCUGAAUUCUGCAGUGCCAACGCCAGCCUGUCCUUAUGCUCCUCCAACACCUCCGUAUGUUUAUAGGGACACAUGUAACUCGAGCUUGGCGAGUCUGAGACUUAAAGCCAAGCAGCACUCCAGUUUUGGCUAUGCCAGCGUGCAGAAUCCCGCUUCCAACCUGAGCGCUUGCCAGUAUGCGGUGGACAGACCCGUGUGAGACACCCCAGUAGGAAACACUGCAUGGGGAUCCCACCCCCAUCUCCCGCAGAGACUGAGUAUUACGCUAGAAAGUAAUGGGCACUAGACAGAAAGAGAAAGGAGGAAAAAUCAGAGGCAGAGAGAAAGGAAAAGAGAGAGAAAGAGAAAAAAGAGGAAACCACUGAAAUAAGAUAGUUCCUUUGUUUUCAAAGGACCUCCUACAGAUUAUGAGAUCUUUCUUUCACUAAGAGUAUUUCAACAAUUACAAGGACAUAUAUAUAUAUAUAUAUAUAUGGACAAAUGUUUGACUGGAUAUGAUAUGACAUUUUAAUGUUCCUAUAAGCUUGUUAUUUUUUAAGUUUAGCAUUGUUAACAUAAAAAUGACUGAAAGGAUGUAUAUAUAUCGAAAUGUCAAAUUAAUUUUAUAAAAGCAGUUGUUAGUAAUAUCACAACAGUGUUUUUAAAAGGUUAGGCUUUAAAAUAAAGCAUGUUACACAGAAGCGAUUAGGAUUUUUUCGCUUGCGAGCAAGGGAAUGUAUAUACUAAAUGCGACACUGUAUGUUUCUAACAUAUAAUUAUUAAAAAAAAAACAUUGUGUGAAUAUCAGUUUUAGAAUAGUAUCUCUGGUGGAUGCAAUGAUGUUUCUGAUAUUGCAAUGUAAAACAUGCCCUGUGUAUAUCAUUUCGUACAAUAUUAUUGUUUUACUUUUCAGCAAACGUGAAAAAAAUGUGUUUUAUUUCAUGGGAGUAAAAUAUACAGCAUACA